ACGCCUUUCUCUCCGGUGCAAAGGCACCGAAAGUUCUCCGCCGUGACCGGAGUCUGGUGCUUGAACAGCUCGAUCACGAUGCGUCCGACUGAAAAAGCACCAAGGUCAGUGUCGGACGAUGGAUUGGGCUCGGGAAAUCGGGAAAAACGCCAACCAACCUUUAUCCUCGUUGAUCACGACGUCGAGAAACACGAUUGGAUUGUCAUCGCCGCUUGCAGACAUCACAGGCAUUAGAAAGCGGUGGCCUGGACAUCAAGAUCGUGGACGAGGACCAGUCUGUAGCUCGGACACGCUCGCUAGCCGGGAUUCUCGCAAUUAUUACGACAUUGUGCAGGGUCAGCACUUGUUAUCGAACGUGUUGCAGGGGCAGAAGAUGCACGGCAAUGCACGCGCUGCUGCGUAGUAGGGGCCGCAGCCGCAUCUGCUCGCGCCCUAACAGCACUCGCUGGUCGUCCGAGACUUGGCCGUCGCAGAUUGGGCCUCGGGUGCUCACGAAAACACCUCACUAAUUACUCGAGGUCAAGAAUGGCGAUGUUGCCACGAGGGGAGUGACGCCCAAGGACUUGGGAAAAAAGACUGCAGCCAGGAAAACCACCGCACCGCAGUCCCGGCGUCAUCCACUGCAGUCGCGAGUCAAACUUUUCCUCGCCGAUCCGGCAACACCGCCCAACAAAAUCCAGCUGGCGCCCAGGGCCAUCUGACGAGCAAAUCUCGAAUCAGCAAACUUUCCAAAACAAAUCACUCACCCUCCUAUUGUUUUCAUCUUUCAUCUCAACUUGACCGAAUUUCGGCCCGAAAUGAGUCUAUACGGCUGAUUUAUGAGAGACUGACGAUUUGGCAGUCCACGACAGAGAGAUGGACAAUAAAUGUCAACUCUGCUGUAAAAGGAAUGGAGAAAUCUUUAGAACUGAUUACUUUCAACUGUUGAUCACCAAGCACAUCACCCCGAAUUUUGAAGGGGAUGUGUGCAUUUGUGAAUCCUGCGGCCAGGUUUUAAGACACUGGGAUGAAUUCUCUAAAGAGGCGUCAGAAAACCUCAGCCGAAAAAAUGUUGAGCCGGAUUCGUGUCAGAAUGAGAGCAGUGUUCACAGGUCUUGUGAUCAACAAACUCAAACUGAGGAACUUGAAGAUGAUACUCAAAACACACAGCAUGAUCACUCAUAUGCAAAGAGUCCGACUCUUCCAAGCAAGCAAAAGCAAAUGGAGGACGAGUUUUGUCAAGUUGAUAGUUCUAGUCUUGGAUAUGAAGACUGUCUAAACACUGCCGGAUACCCCAUCAGAGACUUUGCCAAGGACUCUUUUUACGAGAGCGCAGAGAGUGACAUUAAAAUUUUAGAAGUUUGUGCUUUGAAAGACGAGCAGUGGUUUGACGAGUACCCUCGUCAAGAUUUUAAGGAAGAACCUGAGGCCGAGUGGAAUCCAGCGAGAAUUAAGGAGGAGCCUCCAGUCUACGAUGACAGUACGGAGGAGUCUACAUGGCAUGACAAUUUCUUUUACCAGCCGCCGAUUGAGCCUCAGCGAUUGGCUUUUGUCAAGAUGAAAGAUGAGACUGGAAUGCUCUUUCCAAUUCUUCCUAUUUUAGCUGAGCAAAAGAUGGAAAAUUUGAUCAAAGAUGAGUUUAAAGUUGAGAGCAAACCGACUGAACUGAUGCCUCCACCAACACUGCCUAAUAAUCCCACACCAUCAGCAUCAUCGUACUCAUGCCCGAUCUGCAGCAAAGAAUUUCCUUCCAAUGAUCUCCUCGUCCAGCAUUUACGUUCACACCAGAACUUCUUCAAGCCUGCGCUGAACCUUGCCUGCCCAGACUGCAACCAAGAAUUCCAGUCUGAGCACAUCCUCAUCGAACACAUCAUGGAGUACCACUUCUACACCAACGAAAGAGGAGAAGUUCCUUGUGUCAUCUGCAGCCAACUGCUGCAGGGCUCGGACUUGAGGAUGCACAUUUUCAACUGCCACUUCAACACUAACCCUCACGCCACUCACGUGACGGGUGUCGUGGCCAACGAGGCGGCCAAAAAACGGACUGCGGCCGAAUCGAAAAAACCCGAGGUCACAAAACAAUCCACCAAGGUCACCACGACCUUCAGCUGCAAACUUUGCAAAGUCAAACUUUCAUCCAGGUUCAAACUGAAACUGCACGUUGAGCAGAAACACAAGGGGAAAAAGAUUGUGGUGAAGAAAGCAGGGGAUGUAGUAAGAAGUCAAAAGAGCCAAAAGCUACACUCAGAGAGGAACAAACGUUUUUACUGCAAGCUGUGCAUGAAGUCCUUCCCAAGCGCCAAGGGCAUGGCUUGCCACAUCACCAUGAUCCACAAAAAGCAGUACAACGUUCCGAACAAGCAUUUCCAGUGCCCAAAGUGCAAGCGGUUCUUUGUCUACAAAGCAAGACUCGAAUCUCACAUCUGCGAGCAAACUUCGACUUCGGAGCCACACGAAAGGUCUCCUUCUGUCUUCACAUUUGUCCAGCACUACAGGAAAUUGCAAGAUGGGAAGUACGUUUGCAAACACUGCCCCGAUCGGUACUUCUAUUCCUAUUCAGGAAUUGUGAAGCACUUGCGGAAGGAGCACAACAGCAAGUGCAGGAAUUUGGCCACCAAGGAGGAAAAGGCCAAGGAACCUUCUUCGAUGAAGAAGGAAGAGCCGGAGAAAAUAUUGAAUGAAGCGGUCAAGCCCAAUUUGCCUAGAAUGCCGCCCAGGGAUAAAAUUUACGUUCGGAUGAAGAGGCGCCAGCAGAUGGUGGCCUGCGAGACCUGCAGUCGAAGGUUCAUGACGAAACGGCAGCUGCGGAUCCACCGCAAAAAACUGUGCAAACCCUUCCGAGCGACUCAGAAUUUGAGCAUGCAGCAGUACUACCUUCUCAGACGCACCCACUUCCUCUGCAAUUUGUGCUACAAGUCGGACAAUGAGUUUGAAUUUCAGUCCAUCGAAGAUGUCAAGCACCACCUCGAGAUGGACCACAACCUGACUCUGUUGUCCAGCGUGGAGAUUCAGUUUGUCUGCAAGUUCUGCUCCUUGUUGUACAAAUGUCGCGCCUACCUCAAGACGCACAUCAAGCAGAAACACAAAGACGAACUGCUGGAGGCAAAACCUGAAACUCCGAAAUUAGAAGUUGUUGAAACUCCAAAGCUUGAUGUUGCUGGAACUCCUCCUAAGGAAGAAAAGAAGUUGGUAGUCAACAAGUACAAGUGCGAAAUUUGCGGCAAGUUGUUACCACUGCAAAUUGCUUUGCAAAAGCAUGUGUUGUUGAAACACCCAAAGCCAGAUAUUAAGACUGAGCCGUCUGAGGAAAAAUCUGUUGAAAAGGAAAUUGUUCCAGAAAGCCGCUCGAAUGAGAAUGAAAACGAGUGCAGUAUUUGUGGUAAAAAAUUCAAACUCUCCAUAGCUUUGCAGAAACACAUGAGCUCUCACUCGGCACCAAAUCCUGCAGAAAAUCAACCUGCCGAGUCUUCAGCCCCACCAGCAACGUUUUCAUGCCAACUAUGUGGCAAAUCGUUCCCCAAUAGUGACCAACUUCAGGAUCACAAAACAUCCCACGAGGCUGCGAAGGAGGAGAAGCCAAAGGAAAGCAAUCAGUCGAGUCAGCCAGCCAAAAAGUCCCUGCUGACCUGCGACCUUUGUGAUAAGGGACUGAAAUUCUUUUCCCAAAUUGCGCUUGACCAACACAAGAGGAAGUAUCACAAGCCAAGCUAAAGAUAUUUCAAAAAUCGGUCCAUUUUGCAUGAAUAUGUUAAAGGUUUAGCUUUGAAAUUUUAUCCUCACCACCACAAUAAUUGGUUUGUUUUUGUUAACAAUGUCUAAUUUUAUUGCCACUCUCAUCAAGUAUGUAUUUUGUGAAAAAGAAUUCUGAUCAUGGAAGCUGAAUUUUUAAAGUUUGUAGUUAGUAUGUGAAUA